UCAAGACAGAUAGGUUGUAAAAAUAUAUACUGUAUCUUCCGGAUUUUUUUCUUGAAGUUCAUAGAUAGAUUUAUUUUAUAUAUUUUGUUAUUCAAAUCUGCAAGUUUCAAGUGUUGAAGGAGAGACAAAUUUUAAGUGUUUUGAAAAUGGAAGUGAAUGGUGAUACGUCCAAUGGAAAAAUAAAGAAAACUCUUAAUAUCGCCAUAAUCGGAGGCGGACUGGUGGGUUCCAUGGCGGCUUUGCACUUGGGGAAGAAAGGACAUCAAAUUCAUCUUUAUGAGUAUAGAGAAGAUAUUCGAAAGGCACAAUUGGCUAAAGGUCGAAGCAUAAAUUUAUCACUGUCAGCACGUGGACGCGUUGCUCUGGCGGAGGUUGGACUUGAGGAAGAACUCCUGCAGCAUGGAAUUCCGAUGUAUGGCAGAAUGUUGCAUGACCUAAAUGGGAACAUGACAUUUGUUCCGUAUGAUCGCAAUACAAAGCAGUGUAUUUACUCAGUUGGCCGGAAGAAAUUAAAUGAAAUACUUUUGAACACAGCUGAAAAGUACACAAACAUUCAUUUCAAUUUCAAUCGUAAAUUAAUUUCGGCGAGAUUUCGAGAAGGACAAAUGGAAUUUAAGGAUCCAAUUACAAACGAAUUGCACAAAGCUACAGCCGACCUUGUAAUAGGUUGUGAUGGAGCCUAUAGUGCAGUAAGGAAGAACAUGCUGUCGACUCCUGGCUUUAAUUUUAGUCAGAGUUACAUACAACAUGGUUAUUUAGAGUUAUGUAUACCAGCAUUAGAUGGACAGUUCGCUAUGCCCCACAAUUACCUGCAUAUAUGGCCACGUGGCGAAUUUAUGAUGAUUGCACUACCUAAUCAAGAUAAAACCUGGACUGUUACACUUUUCAUGCCAUUCAAAAAGUUCGAGGAUUUAAAAAGUGCCUGUGACUUGGUACAAUUUUUUGAUGAAAAUUUUCCAGACGCUAUACCACUAAUAGGGGAAAAACGCUUAAUAUCGGAUUUCUUUAGCUUGAAGCCUCAGCACUUAAUAUCAAUAAAGUGUUACCCGUAUCACAUUUCUUCGAAAGUUCUAUUGCUCGGAGAUGCUGCUCAUGCGAUGGUACCAUUUUACGGUCAAGGAAUGAAUGCAGGAUUUGAAGAUUGCACUAUCUUGAGCAGAAUCCUAGAUAAUCCAAAUGUACAAAUUGCAGAUGUUUUAAAAUCAUUUUCCGAAUGCCGCCAUCAAGAUGCUCAUGCUAUUUGUGAUUUGGCCAUGUAUAAUUACAUUGAGAUGCGAGAUCUAGUAAGAACGAGAAAAUUCCGCAUUCGAAAAGCGCUGGACGAAUUCCUUCAUAAAUUGAUGCCUUUGAAAUGGAUUCCGCUCUACAAUUCUGUUACAUUCACGACGAUGCCCUACAGGAAGUGCUUAGAAAAUAGAAAUUGGCAGGAUAAGGUGUUGACACGAACAUUUGCAACAAUUCUGACCUUCACAGGUUGCUUUGUAAUUGUGUAUUUGUAUAAUAUAUUUUUCGCUUUAGGCAAUCGAAACUGAAGCUUUAUUUUGAAUGCGUUCCAUAAUUUAUUAGUAUUACAUAAAAUUUAUUUAAUUUCCAAGAUCUUUUCAGGAGUUUGUAUCCAUCUUUCAUUGAAUGAUAUUACUAUUAUGUUUAAUGACAAUUGUUUUGUAAUCUAUGCUUUAAAAGUCUAAUUAUUGUUCAUUGAGUUCCAUAAAUUGCAUUUCAUCACUGAAAACUAUUCUUUUUUUCUAUAAUUUUCCAAAAUUUUUUAAAAUAAUCAAUUUUUAUUUUUAAAUGGGUUUUUAGGGGAGCACAGACCAACCUUUCAUCUAUUUUCUGUGAAUUUUUCUGUAGUAUAAUUUAUCGCUGAAUAAAUUUUUUAAUUAAUUCAUAAGUUGUGCAUGAGAGAAGGAUUUCAUAUCUUCUCGUGUGUCUCAACCAAUGGCUUUAGUUUGUUUCCACUUCUUGUGUAUAUACU